AUGACAGCUGCCGCUGAGAGAAGAAGAGUCGCGCUGCCACACGAACGUAACGCAGAUGGAACAGUAACAAUCAGAGCUUUCGAGGGUGCGAUUCUCUCUCGUGUCCUCCCAGCACCUGCCGGGCGUGCGUUCAACUUCGAAGUCAUCUUCUUCCCUAACCACCCUCGUCUCCGUCAACUUCCGUCCAAGCCACCAGAGCACUUCCAUCCCCUUCAAGAAGAGUACGUCAGUGUAUCAGAAGGCGCUUUGGCGGUGGAGGUCGAGGGUAUCGAACAUAUUCUGCGGCCGGGUGACCCCGAAUUCGUUCUGCAGCGUGGUGUCAAUCAUCGCCUCUACCCCGCUCCACAAAAUGAGAAAGAGAGCCAGAAUGAUAAGAGCCGCAAGGUAUCUUGCUUAUUAUCUGCAGAAGGCACUUCGAGUUUGUUUGCACUUGACCUAGUCUUUUUUGAGAACUGGUAUACAUACCAAGAGCAAGUGGUCGUACACGGAGCAAAGUUGAACCUGAUCCAAGUUAUGGCUAUGUUUGAUGCAGGAGAUUCAUACCUCACAUUACCUUGGUAUAUCCCGAUGCGUUCUCUAAUGUCUCGUGUUAUGGGCAUUGUCUUUGGGAGAUGGAUUGGUAGCUUGCUGGGAUAUCAGCCUUUCUACAAGGAAUGGACGACAGAUUGGGAUCUUGCGUGUGAAAAGAUGGAGACUUGCAUGCUUCAAAGACGUUUCUCCGAUAGAAAGAAAGUGGCGUAG